GCCUCCUCCGCUAACCUUUGCGCCGCCCUCUACCUUGCUCAUAGACCUCAGCGCAUCUUACUGGACAUCCCUUCAAGCUUCUUGGCUGAAGCUCAAUUGUGCGACAACAUGUGUUGAGAUAUACGAAAGAAGACAUCUACUCCCGCACACAGCGAAACGCGCCUUUCGUCGCGAUGCGCCUCUUCCUGUUGCCUAUCUCGACCCGCCACACUCUCCUCUACUGCGAGCGCACCCAAGCGAAGGCCACCGUCGAAGCUGUUGCGAAACAAUCAUACGUUGAUCGGAUCACGAACAAAGCUAAUGAGACAUGGGCGAAGUGGGAAAACUCUGAGCCCAAGCCUUUCUUGAAGGGAGGAUGGCAAAAGACAGUAACGGUUCAGGGGAACAAGAUCUUGAGAAGGAUACCAUACCAGGAAUGGGGACUCAAAACAGUACCAUCAUUGAACGAUAAGCGUAAAGAGGUCUUGUUGGCCGGCAAGGAGAAAGUUGAGAUCUUGUUCCCUGGGAAGUACCUUGCCGACAGUAAGAUUGAAAGCGUUUUGCAGAAACUGGCGACCGAAAGACAAGCCCUACAUAAGAAGCGUCUAACAUGGUGUAUCAUUGGAAUGCCUAUCGUUUCUCCUUUCGCACUUGUUCCUAUAAUACCGAAUAUUCCUUUCUUUUACUUAGCGUUUCGCGCAUAUUCGCACUGGAAAGCACUCGCUGGAUCCAAGCAUAUACAAUUCCUUCUUGAAAAGACACUGUUCAGCAAAACUCCCUCCUCCGAUCUAGACCAGGUUUAUACCGCCGGGCUUAUGUAUCCAACACGCCAGAUAUCCCGUGAUUCGCCCUAUCCCACUGCAGAACAGAUCACGUCUGUCUCUGAGCUUGUGCAAAAGCAAACAAAUAACGACGCAGAGGAUGUUAUGGUGUUGCAAAAGUGGAAUGGGAAGUUAAUCGCGGAGCGUUUCAAGCUUCCCGAGAUGGAAGUCGAAAUUGAGCGUGCGGUUGAGCAAGUCGAAAAAGACAUCAAGAGUCAGCAAGAACUCAAGCAAGAAAAACAAGAGAUUGAGGUUGCGACUGGGAAUCGCGCUAAAGUAGAAGAGAUUGCAAGAGAGCAUCAAAAAGACAAAAAAUGACCAGUUCACUGGUCAACGAUCAAUGUACAUACAGAUGAGCAGCUGCUGACGAGUGGGAUGAAGAAAAACUAUCCGCUAGAUAUGUAUGAUAAUGUAUGCGUAGAAGACGCCGUAAUCACGACCCAGUAACCAUCCAUUACUCUUUACAACCCAAGC